GGCUUUGGAGGGCGUGCAUUUGAAGAUGCGGUGUUAACAAUCGAAGAUAUUGAUACACUAUUUAGUAGGCAGGUGAAAGAUGAGCAGAUGGAUCGCACCAUUGUUACUGGUCAGUACAAGGAGUGGAGGACAAUAAAUGUAGGAAAUCGGCUCUUCACAGCAAAGAAUGCAGCACAGGGACAAGCACAAAUUCCUUUUGGAGCAGGAGUGGACGACAAAGGUGAUAUGGCAAAGAUAGGAGGGGGUACACAUGUUCAUAUAGAGGAAAACCGAGUACACUAUUUUGAACGCAAGAUGUUGUUAUCGACCAAACUGCUGGCCAGAUUUGACCAAGUACAGCUGGUACUAUUCAAGAAGGGUGAUAUCGUUGAAGUGAAGAUGUCUAUGAUGUUGAUAAAGAUCAUUAACAAGAAAAAGGAGGAACGAUACCGCACAGUAGCAGUUUUGAGAAGUAUAACUUUGUUCGAU